GCAUUAGUCAUGUUUAUAAAAGCUUCCAGGUGCAGCUAUCAUUAUGAGUAGAACCCAUGUAAAGCCGAAAGUCCUCCAGUUUUCCGUUUCAUUUCCAAGUGAAAGUGUUCGAAUAACCGGACGCCCAACUGACUGUUGACUCCCACGCAAAAUGGCGUCACAAACAGCAGUACAGGGUACAGAGACAGAUCUAGAAAUCGCGGUGGCAUACGAAUCAAACAACGGAGGUAAACAUUCAGAAGUCAAAAAACAUCGUCGCAAGAACGUUAUCCACCUGUGGGAAUUUUUGUUGGAGCUUAUCGCCAAGGACAAUUUGUGUACCAUAAUCUGCUGGAGCAGGAGAGAGUUGAAAGAGUUUCAGGUCAAAAGACCCGAGGAAGUCUCAAGAAGAUGGGGUCUGCUACGAAAACGGAAAGGAAUGAAUUAUGAAAAACUCAGUCGCGCUUUACGAUUCUAUUAUGGCAAGGGAAUUAUUCAAAAGGUUCCUGGCCAGCAGUUUACGUACAAGUUCGAUAAACUACUUUACAGAUACGAGCCAGAAGUUUCACAAGCAAGAAAUAAAGAUUCCAAAUUGAGUUCGUGCGACCAAGAACAAAACGAAGUAUUUUUGAUAAAUCUACGUCCUGUUUCUGUAAACAAUCGGUAUUCUCGUCUUCAUUUGAGCAGUCAACACUGUCACGUGUCCACAUCCCUCUGGGAAAGAGUAUCAUCCCCUCUCUCAUACCCAGUGCUGCGCAGUCAACACAAAUAAGUCAAGUCAGUAUCAGCCCGACAGCUUUCUCCUCAAAUGUGUAUACUGAGUAAAAUAACAUUGAAAGCUAGUGCUUGUGCUUCCGGAAGGAUAGACAACUGCUGCAGAACCUUUGGUAUGAGUUUCACAAUUGUUAUUCACUUCCAAAGGCAAUUUGAAUGAAACAACAUCCGGUGUCCAGCUUCCGGCUUCCGGUCCUAUUUAUUGUUUUUUUUCGGCUCUAAAUCUUUUUCUUUCUCUUUCACUGUUCAAAAGGAUUCAAAGCCAAAUAAUACUUGGAAAAAGUUCAUUAUAUUUUCUUUUACCUCAGAAUAUCCCUUUCACUGCUCGAAGAUCACUCGGUCAGGACACUGCGCUAUUGAAAAGCGCCUUAAGGUGAAGAUCACGACCUCCGAGACCGUGCAAAUAUUUCGGUUCGGUAAGAUUCCCAAUAAACAAAUAUGAAAACCAUACCAGAAAAACAAAUCUUUCAUAAUAAUUUGAAGGUCAAGUUGAAGAAAAGCCAUCUUAUUUCUGCGAUUUAUUUUAUAACCUUCUGGAUGACAAAAUUUUCUCGUCUAUCACGCCGUGUUUGCUACCGGAAGUCCCUGGAGGAAAAUAAUACCGUCAAAUUUCGAGAGGAAGUAUAUAUAUUCCUUUUUUUAGACCAUGAAACUUCCUUUGUUGUUAGUCAUGGUUAAAUAGAGCUGCAAGAUGCAAAUAUCGUUAACUGAAAUUAAAUAUGCAGAGCUGAAA